ACUCCCACUCUUCAUUUAUCUUCCUCCCUGAAAAUUUCAACUGAAUCAGUUAUUCAUACAAAAUCCUUGAGUGAACAACAUUAUUUUGCUUGUUUCAAUCAUCUGAUUAGUUAAAAUCAGUUAAUGUUCAUCAGUGAUUAGUAAUCUUAAUAAACUAAAUUGAUCAUUUGCAAAGUUUAAAACAUUUUAUGUAGACAAUUUAAUCCUUUGGAUUUACAAUUUACUACAAUCAAUUUUAAUAGUAUUAACUAAAUUAUUAAUAAUCGGACACAAAUUUGAACAAUAUCAUUAACUUGACAAUCAAUUUUAUCUGGUAAAUCCAGGAAAAUCAAGUUCCAUAAACAAUUAAACUCCCAAUUUUCAGCUGAUUAUUUGAUUGGAAACAAUUAAAAGACAAAGACAAAGAUAAACACACACACACACACAUUAACAAUUAACUGAAAUCAUGGUUAAAUCAAAUUUAAUUGUCUCUCUCAUGGUCUUAUCCUCAAUCCUCCUCAUUUUAAAUCCAUUGGUUUCAUGUCAUGUUAAUUCAAACGACGAUAGUAAGUGGAUACUAGCAGAUUUGAGGGAUCUUUAUGAUCUCUUUUUGAGAAAUGAGAAUCAACAAGCUGACCAGUAUAAUCGAUUUGGUCAUCAGAUGGAGAGGAAAGGAGGACGAUCGCCAUCACUUAGACUACGAUUCGGUCGACGAGCUGACCCACUUUGGUCCAAUCGUCCAUCCAUGGCUGAGAUUAAUAGUGCUGAUGUGUCAAAGAAAUAGACGAUUAAUUGUGAAUUAUUGUUGAUUAUUUAUCUCCACUAAUCAACAUUGAAUUUUGAUUUGACAAAACAAAACGAAAAACAAAAACACUACUAUUACUAAAUUGUUUACCUUUUGAUUGUGAUUGUAAUGUAAAGCAACUGAUAGGAAUUGAGAUGAAAAUCAAAUUACUAAUCAUGAAUGAUAAUCAACGCACAGAAAAAAAAAACAAAACUAAAACAAAACCUAAUUGUGAACAAAACUGUUUGACUAAUUAACAAACUUGAGAUGAUGAAAUUUGAACAAACGAAAACAAAUAAAAAACUAAAUGAAAUCAAUCAUUUUUAUUAAUCACUGUUAAUAUAUAACUCUAAAUUGUUAUCCUUUUUAGUUAAUUACUUUCUAGGGAUAUUAAAACAAUCAAUAUUUGCUUUUUUUUGUUCAUCAUCUCAUCAGACUAAAAAUUAAAUCAUUAUUUCCGCUUCCUUGAUUGUGUUCAAUCAUUUUCACUAAUAAUCAACAAUCACAAAACAUUGUAAAAGAUUCAAACAUUCAACUGUUCAAUUGUACCAAUUUUAGUUAAUUUGAUUUAUAUUUUCUUUCAGCUUUUUGGUUUCCAUUAAUAAACUGCUAAUUGUUAGUUAAACUAAUGAAACAAUUAAAAGACACUCACAGUUACAGUUAAUAGAAA